UAUCACCAAAAAGCAUUUCCUUUCAUCAAUCAUCAUAUCCAUUUUUUUUCAUUCACUAGUGUUUGUUUCUCUACCUCCUCUUUCUUCUUUGUCUUCAUUAUUAUUCUUUUCCCAGAAUCUGGAAAUUUUCCGAGAAAAAUCUAUACUUGUCCUUGACCCAGAUCCUUAAAGAUCCCCAAAUUCUUGCCGCAAAUACCGUCUGCACUAGAUAUUCUCUUAUACUUUCUCUACACCCUAUCUCAAGAAAAUAAUAAUUGUAGUAGUAGCAGGGAAAGUUUUCUUUGGUCCAGUUGCAAACACGCCUCUCUUUUGUUUUUUCCGCCUAUUUCUCUCCUUACUUUCUCAAGAAAUGCAGUUUCACUAUUCUUAAACCUUCAAUUUCUGUUCACUGAUUAAUGGUUGUUCCUUUUAUGUACGAGCAACCUCAUGCUUUGCUGUUGGUUUUAGAUAAUAUUAGGAUCGUUUAAUCCUUUUCCAUAUCCGCUUUAAGAGGGAUUUUUGGCUGAUCGAUGAGGAUGAUUUUUUCAUGAUACAUGUUUAAUAAAAUUGAUGGAUCUGAGAGUCGCUGUGCUUUCCAAUAAGGGAACAGUUUUGGGUCACUGUGGUUGGUGAAUUUAAUUGUAAAGCAGCGAGGGAUAAUUAGUAUUUGACUAGCGUCUGGUAACUCUGGUUAGUGCAGUAUAGUGUUUAAUUGGGAGUGUUAAUCAUGGAUCAUGUGAUUGGUGGCAAGUUUAAGUUGGGUCGGAAGAUCGGUAGUGGAUCCUUUGGUGAACUUUAUUUGGGUAUCAACGUACAGAGUGGAGAGGAAGUGGCUGUUAAGUUGGAAUCUGUGAAGACAAAGCAUCCUCAACUUCAUUAUGAGUCAAAGCUUUAUAUACUUCUUCAAGGAGGAACGGGUAUUCCCCAUCUGAAAUGGUUUGGAGUUGAGGGCGAUUACAAUGUUAUGGUUAUUGACCUUCUUGGACCAAGCUUAGAAGACUUAUUUAACUAUUGCAAUCGGAAGUUUACCUUGAAAACAGUUUUGAUGCUUGCGGAUCAAUUAAUAAACAGAGUUGAGUAUAUGCAUUCAAGGGGUUUUCUUCACCGUGAUAUAAAGCCUGACAAUUUUUUAAUGGGCUUAGGGCGCAAAGCAAAUCAGGUCUAUAUCAUUGAUUAUGGUCUUGCGAAAAAGUACAAGGAUCUUCAAACACACAAGCAUAUACCAUAUAGGGAAAACAAAAAUCUUACAGGCACAGCUCGGUAUGCUAGCGUUAACACACAUCUUGGAGUUGAGCAAAGCAGAAGGGAUGAUCUGGAAUCUCUUGGUUAUGUGCUUAUGUAUUUCCUUAGGGGAAGCCUUCCCUGGCAGGGUUUGAAAGCUGGUACGAAAAAGCAGAAAUAUGACAAGAUCAGUGAAAAGAAGAUGCUUACUCCCAUAGAGUUUCUUUGCAAAAACUAUCCUUCAGAAUUCACAUCGUACUUCCAUUAUUGCCGAUCAUUGCGAUUUGAAGAUACACCAGAUUAUUCAUACCUGAAGAGGCUUUUCCGGGACUUGUUCAUUCGAGAAGGGUAUCAAUUUGACUAUGUGUUUGACUGGACUAUAUUGAAGUACCCACAGAUUGGCUCCAGUUCUAGAGUGAGGCCAAGCAACAAACCAGCUGUAAAUCCAGGUCCAUCAGCAGAAAGACUGGAGCGACCUUCAGUGGGCCAAGAGAUCCGAGACAGAUUCUCAGGGGCAGUUGAGGCAUUUGCUCGAAGGAAUGGCUCUUCUGGGCAUCCUUUACAUGGGGAUCAUUCCCGACACAGGUCUUCAGAUGAUGUUCCAUCCUCCAAGGAUGUGCAUCCUGAUUCUGAAAGGCACCGACCAUCAUCACGAAAUGGCAGUACUUCGAAGAGGGCCAUUGUAUCAAGCAGUCGGCCAAGCUCAUCUGGUGAGCCUAGUGAGAGUCGGUCAAGCCGGCUGCUCACAAGCAGCGCUAGAUUGUCCACCACCCACAGGGUGCAACCUGGUUUUGAGUCCAAGUCAUCGUCGUUUACUCGUGCUACAGCAGCAAGAGCUGGCCGUGAUGAUACGCUAAGGAGCUUUGAACUCUUGUCCAUUGGCACCGGAAAAAGGAAAUAAUUAAAUGGAUCCUUGUAGAAAGAAAAGGAUUUCUUUAUGGUAGGGGAUCGAAAUUCCCUGGUGUAGUUUCUAUGAAGAUCUUGGGAUUAUAAUGGUGUAUUAGCAGUUACUUUGUAUAUGUGUGUCCAUUCACAAAAGCUCAACAAAGUUCGCAUGGAGAGACCACUGGACUCCUGCUCUACCACUUCAGUGACUCUUGCAAUUAUAAGGCCCGCUGGACUCAUCCUAGAAGACGUGUCAAUUCGCAUUAGGGAAUUGUUAAUAUUUUGAGACACUAGUAACUGUAAUAAUGACAGUUAUUGUAUUUUUUUUUUCUGGGGAAGAAACUUCAAUUUAAAGACUAUUAUGAACUCUGGCUUCUUUUCUGUAUGUUACUGCCUUUUCUGUUUCCAAGUUUUAUGUUGUGCAUAGUGCAAUUUGUAA